AUGUUGGAGCCAGGUAUUAUACGAAAACUCGACGAAGUGGUUGUGAAUCGUAUAGCUGCCGGCGAAAUUAUACAACGUCCAGCAAAUGCGCUUAAGGAAUUGCUGGAAAACAGCCUGGAUGCUAAAUCUACGUACAUACAGGUGGUCGUCAAAGCCGGCGGUCUGAAGCUGCUACAAAUACAGGAUAAUGGCACUGGUAUACGCAAGGAAGAUCUUUCUAUUGUCUGCGAGCGUUUCACCACUUCAAAGCUGUGCAAAUUUGAGGAUCUAACGCAAAUAGCAACUUUUGGAUUCCGUGGUGAAGCAUUGGCUAGCAUUAGUCAUGUUGCUCAUCUGUGCAUUCAAACAAAGACUGCAGCUGAAAAAUGUGGCUAUAAGGCAACCUAUGCGGAUGGCAAACUGCUGGGUGCACCUAAGCCCUGUGCUGGCAAUCAAGGCACGAUUAUAACCAUUGAAGAUCUAUUUUAUACAAUGCCACAGCGUCGACAGGCGCUUAAAUCGCCGAACGAUGAGUUUCAAAAGGUGCUCGAUGUGCUGGCCAAAUAUGCUGUGCACAAUCCCCAGGUUGGUUUUGUGCUGCGCAAGCAGGGCGAGCAACCGGCGUUAAAAACACCGGCGUCUAGCACACGUGCUGAUAAUAUACGCAUCAUUUAUGGUGCUGCCAUUGCCAAAGAAUUAAUGCAGUUUAGCUAUAAGGAUGAUAUGUUUAAAUUUGAACUUGAGUGCCAGCUCACGCAGGUUAACUAUGCAUCCAAAAAGUCCAUAUUGCUGUUGUUUAUUAAUCAACGUUUGGUUGAGUCUGCAGCCUUGAAAAGCGUGCUUGACGCUGUCUAUGCCACAUACUUGCCGCGUGGUCAGCAUCCGUUUAUUUACAUGAGCCUCACGUUGCCGCCACAAAAUCUGGAUGUUAAUGUGCAUCCCACUAAGCAUGAGGUGCAUUUUCUCUACCAGGACGAAAUCAUUGAGCGCAUUAAGCAGCAGGUCGAAGCACAGCUCUUGGGUAGCAAUGCCACUCGCAGCUUCUACAAGCAGCUUAAGUUACCUGGAGCAUCAGAGUUGAAUGACACACAAGCGGUGGAUAAAACUCAACGUAUUUACGACAAGGAACUGGUGCGUACUGAUGCCACCGAGCAAAAGCUGCAAACAUUUUUCAAGCCAAUCGAAAAAAGUGAUUCCGGCCUGUCAUCCAAUGGCACGCCUACAGCAUCGCAGGAGGAAAGUUUCCGUAUCGUAGCAGCGCGUAAAACUAAAGAAGUGCGCUUGACUAGUGUGCUGGAUAUGCAGCAGCGCUUGGAGCGUCAAUGCCAUGUUCAAUUGCGUAGCAUUUUAAAGCAGUUGGUCUAUGUGGGCUGUGUGGACGAGCAGCAUGCGCUCUUUCAGCACGAAACGCGACUCUACAUGUGCAAUGUGGCUGCCUUAAGCGAGGAGUUGUUCUACCAGCGUUUAGUCUAUGAAUUUCAAAACUUUGCCGAGAUUAGUCUGGUGCCGCCACUACAGUUGCAGGAGCUGCUGCAAGUAGCGCUGGAUAGUGAAGCUGCCGGUUGGCUGCCCGAAGAUGGGGAUAAGUCAGAGUUAGCCGCCAAUGCGGCUGCCAUAUUGCAACAGAAGUCGGCCAUAAUGCGCGAGUAUUUUGCUUUGCGCAUCUCCGAUGAGGGCUGUCUGGAAUCUUUGCCAGAGCUGUUAGUGCAGCAUGUGCCCAGUGCGGCACAUUUGCCCAUCUAUUUGCUGCGUCUGGCUACCGAAGUGGAGUGGGAGGAGGAGGCGCAAUGUUUCGAAAACUUUUGUCGUGAAACUGCGCGUUACUAUGCCCAGCUUAGCUGGUUUGAUCCGAAAGAUAUCGCCCAGGGCCAAUGGCAUAUGGAGUAUGUUUUGUUUCCAAGCUUCAAGAAGUAUCUGUUACCUCCAGCACGUCUCAAGCAGCAUCUCUUUGAGCUUACAAGUUUACCCAGUCUUUAUAAGGUCUUUGAGCGUUGUUAG